CACCAUCUCCCUGUCUGACUCUUCAUAUCAGUGUGGGCUUCAAGGCUGCAAAGCACUUGUAACUAGAGAUUUAAGAAAUGUAACUACAAAGGAAAAGAAGACGAAACGAAGAAGAAAAUAGCCUCAUUAGAUGUAGUGAAGAGAGGGGAUUUUCAUAGUAUCAUCAGUUUGCACAGGUUUCACAAUACCCUGAACUGAAGUGGAUUUCCGUGGGAAAGUCAUACAAGGUUGACCUGCAGCGACAUGGAUUUCUUUGUGGAUGAGGAUUUCAGUGCGAGCGGUAACACCAGCCACGAAGCAGGACGAGAAAGACUAGACGGCGGCAAAGGCCAGGGACUCAACAACAGCAACCCCUUGGACAUGUUCAUAGGCAUGGAGCUUCUUCUGCGAUUCAGGCCUCUCUUUCUGCCUCUCUACUGCCUCGUAGUGGUCGUCGCCGGUGUCGGAAACUCGUUCUUGUUGGCAUGCAUUAUGGCUGACAAGAAACUCCACAAUGCCACUAACUUUUUCAUCGGUAACCUAGCAGCUGGUGACCUGCUGAUGUGCUUGAGCUGUGUCCCGUUGACUGUGUCUUAUGCCUUCGACAGCCACGGCUGGGCCUUUGGUAGACCUCUCUGCCACUUGGUCCCAUUGGUGCAGUGUGCUACAGUGUUUGCAUCAGUGCUUUCACUGACUGCCAUUGCUGUGGACCGCUACAUUGUUGUAGCUCACCCAAUACGGAGGAGGAUCUCUGUGUGGGGCUGUGGUGCAGUGACUCUUGGAGUGUGGCUUUUGUCUUUGGCCCUCGCUGCACCUCCGUCUUUGUACACCCGAUACCUGGACCUGCGGCCCAGCGGCAUCGACCUGGUGGUGUGCGAGGAAUUUUGGCCAAAUAGUGGCAAUCUACGGCUGCUUUACUCCUGCUUCAUUCUCAUAACUUCCUACAUGAUCCCACUGCUGUCGGUCAGCAUAUCCUACUGUGCCAUCACUGUCAGCCUGAAACGAUAUUCAGUACCAGGGGAGCCGUCCAACAGUCAGCAGCGCUGGAGCCAGCGGAGGAAGAAGACCUUCUCUCUGCUUGUUGCCUCAGUGCUGGCCUUCGCUCUGUGUUGGCUGCCUCUCCAGGUACUGAACCUGCUGUUGGACCUGGACCCAGACUUCGACUUCAUCGGAAAGCGCUACAUAAAUGUCUUACAAGUCUGCUGUCAUUUAGUGGCUAUGAGCUCUGCAUGUUAUAACCCCUUCAUCUACGCCUCGCUGCACAGCAAGGUUCGCAUGCACCUGAAAGGCUACCUCUGCCCUUGCCGUAAAAGCCAUAGGGGGAUGGUGGAGAGAGCCACGUCCAGGAGCUGAUCAGCCACGUCGUCCUUAUCCCACGCCUGCACCGCAAUACCAAUGUAAAUGUUCGAGGCGUUGAGGAGAAUACAACACCGCUGCUCAACACUCAUUAAAACCAUUGCUUGCCAGCAUUUUGUGACUUCAGGACAUUCUCUCCCCUCUUGUUCAGUGUCAGUGCUAAACAAGGCCCCUUAUGAUAAACAAGCGAAGAAGCUGCGCUGUAUGUAUGUUCACGAUGAUGACGAAGAAACAAGGUUAAGCCGUCCAUUGGGAUCCUUGUGUUUUUCUUGGACAGCAGAGCCGCUGCCAUAGACACAGACGGAGAACAGAUCCUGAUGGUUUAAAAAGGCAUAAACAAACCCUUAGGCCGAUGGGGUCUGUAGCAGCCAUAUGCUGGAGGCUGAGACCAGAUGUGGUUACAUACACAGGCUACAGGGUCUGGUUAUACUUAAGCAGAAAAUACCUGACUUCAGGGAGCUGACCGAGCAACGACCUCCUCUUGUCAGACCUGGAUUACAGACCAAAAAGAGGAGAUGUGCAAAUAGGAUUGUUUUGUCUUGUCCGUGAUACUGAACGCCUGUGUUUCAAAAGCUUAUUCUUAACAUCAUCUCUUUAAUUAGUUAUUCUGGAAUAAACAUUAUGUAGCAUGUUAGUUUUAGUGCUUAGUGUUUUUCUGAUCUGGCUACAUGGUGUAAAUUUGUGUCGUAUGUGUAUAUAAAUACUUCUGUUUUGGCAUGCGCACUGCCGUAGGGGGCAUGGGUCAGAAAAAUCAAUAUGUACGGCAGUGACAGAUGAAAUGUGGAACUUGUAUGACACCUUGUAACCUGAGUCUGUGAAAUUUAAUUAGUGCCAAUUUCAUGAAUGUGUUACUUGAUUAACAAAAUCGGUGCUGUCUGGAAAACAAGACUGACACAAUAGCCAUCUUAAUAUUCAGAGCAUGGAAUAAAGUCACCCAUAAGCAGCACUGUGCUGACACUCCUCCCGUUGAGUUCACAUCAGCUGUGAUUAACGCGUCCAAGGCCUGGGUAUCAUGUCAAUUUUCUAAUAUGCCUUCUGUUAAAAGUUAAUUUGAUCUAAAUUAUGUGUAAGCAUUAAUUCCAUUUUAGUCAUUCAGAGUUUGCUUUCUCAUGAUACAAAAACAAUAUGUCAUGCCUGCUGUGUGGGAGAGUUUCAGGGCGCCUCUCGCACAAUAAAUGUAGCAUGAUUUGGGAAACAUUAUCAAUCCAUCAGUGAAAACCAAUCAGAGCUUUUAAAUAUUGUUAGCCUAAUAACAUAAUUGCUGAAGUCACAUUUGAACGCUUUCGGAAAACAAUACAACACUUUUUAGCAAGCACAUCAGUAGGUCAAAAAAUGACAUUGGCAAUUAUGCUAUUAGGCUAAAGAUAUGACAAAACGACAUUUAUUUACUCUACUGUCAAGAGUUAAAAUACCCAGUCUGGCAAAUAAGCCCCAGCUCCCCGGCCAAUGCUGCCGAAGCCAACUGUCACCUUUUAACAAUCAGAUUACUUAAGAGCCUGUUGCUCAGCAGCUGGGCUGUCUUGGCUUUCAUCUCUAAGUGAACAUUGAAACUACAUUCAGCGCUACUCAAUUAGAUUUUUUUUUGUCCUGAUGCUCUUUAGAACAGGCCGUGCAAGAGUUUCCAGUUUUGUCCUUCACACGGGAGGUGAGUAGUUCUCUUUUGUGCCCUACAGCCGUGCACAAUGGGCGCUUCAAGAUCAGCGACCGUUGAUCUGCCGCUUGCUUGAGUACCAUUGCCCCUCAUUUCAAGCCCAGGCUUUGUACCUGAGUGCCCUUUACAUCACCAUCCACGCAGAGGUUGGAUACGCUCACAUGUGCAGAGGAGGGGAGGAGAAUGAGGAGCAGAUUGGUCAUACAUGCCGCAUAGUCAUAGCACAAAUGAGAGAACAUGAUGGUAGGUGACACGUGAUACUUGAGAGAUUGAUAAUGGGCGAAAAAGAAUGGAUGGAGCCAGUAACAAUGUUUUCACUAUGUAUUAGAUGUUGGUGUUUGAUCUGUCUCCAAGUCAACCCCCCAGCUCUGUCGAUACUGUCGCUGACGUCUCUUUACUAAUGGUACUCUAUGGGGAAAAUGCUUUUUGGCCCCAGGGGGUUAUUUUGUCGCAGUGUGAAGAGUGACCACUGGAACAAAUUGGCUGCAAGGCUGAACAUAAUUUACAUCAUUUUUCAUCAACUGUACAUGACAGUGUUUCCAUUGCGAUGUAAUAUUGUGUAAUGGGGCGCUCGCUGUUAAUAAAGAAGUCAAAAUGAACAAA